GUGUUAAUAGGUUCUCUUUUGCAGAAUUUCUCAGCUUUAAUUCUCUUAGAAUCUCUUUGCAAAAUGUCGGGCCGUGGCAAGGGAGGAAAGGGGUUGGGCAAGGGAGGAGCCAAGAGGCACAGGAAGGUCCUCCGAGAUAACAUCCAGGGCAUCACCAAGCCGGCGAUUCGUCGAUUGGCUCGUAGAGGUGGCGUCAAGCGAAUCAGUGGCUUGAUCUAUGAGGAGACGCGUGGUGUGUUGAAGAUCUUCCUCGAGAACGUUAUCCGCGAUGCGGUGACGUACACGGAGCACGCCAGGCGCAAGACUGUCACCGCCAUGGAUGUGGUGUAUGCUCUUAAGAGGCAGGGCCGAACUCUGUACGGUUUCGGUGGUUGAGUUGAUUUUCCUUUGGUUGUUUGGAUUUCUGUUGUAAAUUGAUAAACCGAUGGUGCUGUAGUUUUAGCUUCUUCUAGGUUUGGUUUCCAGUGUUUUGUUAGGAUUCUAGUUCCUUCCUUCGGAUUCAUUUUGAUGAAUGUAUUAAAAAUUUCAAUUCAAGAUUAGUCAUGUGAAUUCGGCUUGAAAUUCUAUUAAUUAGUGAAUAAUUGUGCCAUUUCUCU